AUGCCUUCACCAUUAUUCAAUAAGGGAGCCCGUCGCCCAGAGGCUCUCCACACCCGCAAGCCCUCCCUCACCAACUCAGUCUCCAGCAGCGACUCCUCAUCAACACAAUCAACCCGCUCAACAGCAACCAUGCGCCACACAAGAGUCCUCGACUUUGACCCUCUCUCACUACACCCGACCUUCCACGCACCACCAAGACUCUAUGAGCGGCCCUUUAUCCACAACUCCCAGUCCAUCGAGGACGAGGUUACCAACUCGUACUUCUCCAGCCAAGAGGCUGCCGCAGCCGCCGAAGACAAGGCAAAGGCUUCCUUCGCCGCCGCCAUGCCCGACAUGCCCGCACCGCCCCUCGACUCGCCGCGGACGCCGAUCCAGCAGCAGGAGAGGUCCCGAGAACACGCCGCCGAGGGCGACGACUACUUCCUCUUCAAGGUCCAGCAGCACAUCGCCUCAACGAGACCGCAGCUGCCGCGCUCCCACUGGUCCGAGUCCACCAUUAACACCUUGGCAUCUCAGCAUGACGAUGAUGACGACGAGGAGGAGGACUCCUCCGAGGACGGCAGCUUCGUCGACGAGGAGAGGCCUGUGAGGGAAUCGCAAUGGCAGAACUUUUCCAUCAAGCGCAGCUCGCCUUCGACUGCACGACGACCGGCAAUGAAGUCCCUCGAUAGCGUCGAGGACUUUAUCAAACGCGGCGGCUGGAAGAGGCGCGGCAUUGUCUUUGAGCAAGAAAGCGCCCGAACUUCCAAUACGUUGUUCUAA